CCGGUGGAUGCCCUAUGACUGGCCGGAGUUUGGAGUUGGACUUGUGCGUCUUUCUCGGAGCAGCGCUUGCUGGGGGUGGGGUGGGGACUGGGAUGUUGUUGUAAAAUGCAAGUUGGAUAGGAAAAAGACCUCUCGCCAAGGGCCCCAAUGAGUGGCACACAGCCUACUAUCACGGACAGGUUUCCCCUCAAAAAACCUAUAAGGCAUGCAAGUAUUUUGACCCGAGAGUCUCCAACAGACAAGAAGCAGAAAGUUGAACGCAGUACAUCACAUGACUUUGACCCCACAGACAGCUCCUCCAAGAAGACAAAGUCUAGUUCAGAGGAGAGUAGAUCGGAGACAUAUGGUCUUGUUCAGCGCUGUGUGAUAAUCCAGAAGGAUGACAAUGGAUUUGGGCUGACAGUCAGUGGAGACAAUCCAGUCUUCGUACAGUCUGUUAAAGAAGAUGGAGCAGCCAUGCGGGCUGGAGUACAAACAGGUGAUCGAAUCAUCAAGGUAAAUGGAACUCUAGUGACUCAUUCAAACCAUUUGGAAGUGGUAAAGCUGAUCAAAUCGGGUUCCUAUGUAGCUCUCACUGUUCAGGGACGCCCACCUGGGUCGCCCCAGAUCCCAUUAGCUGAUUCUGAAGUGGAGCCAGCAGCCUUUGGACAUAUGUCUCCCAUCAUGACAUCACCCCAUUCACCUGGAACAUCUGGAAAUACAGAGAGAAUCACCAGUCCAGUGUUGAUGGGGGAAGAAAACAAUGUGGUUCACAACCAGAAAGUAGAAAUACUGAGAAAGAUGCUACAGCAAGAGCAGGAACGGCUACAGUUCUUACAAGAAGAUUAUAGCCGCACACCUGCUCAGCGAUUGCUUAAGGAGAUUCAGGAGGCCAAGAAACAUAUUCCUCAGUUGCAGGAACAGUUAUCCAAAGCAACAGGCUCAACUCAGGAUGGAGCUGUAGUUCUAUCCAGCAAGACUUCUGGUGACUCCCUUCCACUCAGUGAAGUAGAAGCAGACAGUGGUGAUGGGUUAGGCAGAAUUGAUUAUAGUAGUGGAGAUGGUUCUCGACCCAAUAGUGACAUUGCGGAUAGUCCCAGAAGUGGCUUGAAGGAAAGGAUUUAUCUAGAAGAAAGUCCAGAGAAAAGUGAGAUGAUACCAGAUAAUGACACUCAAUCAAACAUUGGUAGUCCCUUAAUUCGAACAGCACCUCAGAUCAUUGGAGCGGAAGAUGAUGACUUUGGCACUGAACAUGAACAGAUUAAUGGACAAUGCAGCUGCUUCCAAAGUAUUGAACUGCUGAGAUCCCGCCCUGCUCACCUAGCUGCAUUCCUACACCAUGUAGUUUCACAGUUCGACCCUGCAACACUGCUCUGUUAUCUUUAUUCAGAUUUAUAUAAACAAACCAAUUCCAAGGAGACUCGGCGCAUUUUCCUUGAGUUUCAUCAGUUCUUUUUGGACCGAGCAGCACACUUGAAGGUUUCUGUUCCAGAUGAAAUAUCUCUAGACCUGGAGAAGAGAAGGCCAGAACUUAUUCCUGAAGAUUUGCACCGACAUUAUGUCCAAACUAUGCAAGAUAAAGUUUAUCCUGAAGUUCAGAAACAUUUGGAAGAUUUUAGGCAGAAACGUAGUAUGGGGCUAACCUUAGCUGAAAGUGAGCUGACCAAACUUGAUGCAGAACGAGACCGUGACCGUGUAAUCUUGGAGAAAGAACGAGCAUGUGCAGAGCAGAUCAUUACCAAAAUUGAAGAAUUAUUGAUGACAGCUCAGGCUGUUGAAGAAGAUAAGAGUUCAACAAUGCAAUAUGUGAUCCUCAUGUACAUGAAACAUUUGGGAGUCAGAGUAAAAGAGCCUCGGAAUUUGGAGCAUAAGCGAGGUCGCAUUGGAUUUCUGCCAAAAAUCAAGCAAAGUAUAAAGAAAGAUAGGGAAGGCGAAGAAAAAGUAAAGAGAAGAGGAUUCCCAAGCAUUUUAGGACCCCCAAGGAGGCCAAGCCGUCAUGACAGCAGUGCAAUUGGCAGAGCCAUGGAAUUACAAAAACAACGCCAUCCUAAGCACUUAUCCACACCCUCAUCAGUGAGUCCUGAACCUCAGGACUCUGCCAAGUUACGCCAGAGUGGGAUCUCCAGUGAUGCAGCAGAUGUUAUGUAUAUGCCUCCUAAUCCCAUGUCUUCUUUGACUUCAGGGACUAGUGCCUCCCAAGAUGGAGGAAAAGAGAAUGAAAUGGGGUCAAAACAGAUUGGAGAAGGACCAGCUUCCGGAGAUUCUACAGAUGGUACACCACGAACUCCUAAUACAGUCUUUGAUUUUCCAGCUCCACCAUUAGACCAAUUGCAGGAGGAGGAAGGUGAAAUAGAAAGGUUCCCUGAACAUGGAACACCAAAAUCUUUUCGGAAGCUUGAUAGUAUAGCUUUUGGGGAAAGUCAGAGUGAAGAUGAGCAGUUUGAAAAUGACUUAGAAACAGAUCCACCAAAUUGGCAGCAGCUUGUUAGCAGAGAGGUGCUCUUGGGGCUAAAACCUUGUGAGAUCAAACGGCAGGAAGUGAUCAAUGAGUUGUUCUACACAGAGCGAGCUCAUGUCCGGACACUGAAAGUUCUAGAUCAGGUGUUCUACCAGCGAGUAUCCCGAGAGGGGAUUCUGUCAUCGUCAGAACUGAGAAGAAUCUUCUCCAAUCUAGAAGAGAUUCUUCAGCUUCACAUUGGGUUGAAUGAACAAAUGAAAGCUGUUCGAAAGAGGAAUGAGACUUCUGUAAUUGAUGAGAUUGGAGAAGAUUUAUUGAUCUGGUUCAGUGGAUCAGGAGAGGAGAAGUUGAAACAUGCAGCUGCCACCUUCUGUAGUAACCAGCCUUUUGCCCUGGAAAUGAUCAAAUCUCGUCAGAAAAAGGACUCUCGAUUCCAGACUUUUGUGCAGGAUGCUGAGAGUAAUCCACUAUGCCGUCGACUGCAGCUAAAGGAUAUUAUUCCUACUCAAAUGCAGAGGCUCACUAAAUAUCCCCUUCUGCUGGAUAAUAUUGCUAAAUAUACAGAACGGCCAAAGGAAAGAGAAAAGGUAAAGAAAGCAGCAGAUCACUGUCGUCAAAUCCUAAAUUAUGUGAAUCAAGCUGUCAAGGAGGCAGAGAACAAACAGCGCUUAGAAGAUUAUCAGCGCCGCCUUGAUACAUCUAACUUGAAGCUGUCAGAGUAUCCAAAUGUUGAAGAGCUCAGGAAUUUGGAUUUAACAAAGAGGAAGAUGAUUCAUGAAGGACCAUUAGUGUGGAAGGUGAAUAGAGAUAAGACCAUUGAUCUUUACACAUUGCUGUUGGAAGACAUCCUUGUAUUGUUACAAAAGCAGGAUGAUAGACUGGUGUUGAGGUGUCAUAGUAAAAUUCUAGCAUCUACAGCAGAUAGCAAACACACAUUCAGCCCUGUAAUCAAAUUGAAUACCGUGUUGGUUCGACAAGUUGCAACAGAUAACAAAGCAUUAUUCGUCAUCUCUAUGUCAGACAAUGGAGCCCAAAUUUAUGAAUUGGUGGCACAGACAGUUUCUGAAAAAGCAGUCUGGCAGGACUUGAUUGGCAGGAUGGCCCUGACAGUAAAGGAACAGUCUACAAAGCCCAUCCCAUUACCAGAGUCACCCCCCUGCGAAGGGGAACGUGAGGAAGAAGAAGCUUCAAAGCUGAAGGAGGAAUCGCAUGAUGUUUCUACCUCUAGUCUUCAGAGUCCAGAAAAACAAAUGGGAGCAGAAACUUCUUUAAUGUCAAAACCUCAGUCCCCUUCAUCAGUUAUAUCUGGAAAAUCAGAAAUCAGUGAUCUACUGGCUGAAAGACAGUUUGAAAAGGAACAAAUGGAAGAGACAUCUAAAGAGUCUGGAAUGGACUUUCAGAGUACUAUCCCAGAGCCACAUCUCCCUGUUUGUGAAGAGCGCUGGGCACUGGAUGCACUCAGGAACUUGGGUCUGUUGAAGCAGUUGCUGGUACAGCAGCUAGGUUUGACUGAGAAGAGGACUCCUGAAGACUGGCCACAUUUUUCCAGGUUUAGGACAUCUUCUCAGGGGGUGCAAGUAGAAAGUCCAGGUGUGAGCCAAAAUGUCUUGGACCACUCUGAAAAUAAUAAGACCAGCCAGUUUGGUGAAGGGCAUACGUCCCUCCAAACCAGAACUGGCCAAAUUGCAUGUUACAGCCCAAGGACUUCAAUUGAAUCUCCAGUUCCACAGGAUUAUAUGGAACUGGCAUCUCAAGAUAGCAGGGCAAGUAAUCUUUUAGUCAUGGACCACAUGAUCAUGACCCCAGAGCCGUCUAGUGCAGAGCUAGAAGGGGGUCCUGAUGACAGCGGAGAGCACUUUUUUGAUGCCCGUGAAGCCCACAGUGAUGAUAAUCCUUCAGAAAGUGAUGGGACAGAAAGAAAGGAAGAGGAAGCUCUUCAGUUACGGAUCUCAGGAAAUGUUCUGAUCCUUGAUGGCUUUGAAACAGUUCAGGAAAGCUCUACGGAGGAAGAAGGUGUUUCAAACCUCCCUUCUGUGGGCUGGGCUCACCAGCAGCAAUCUGUUCUCAAUCCCCGGUCUGAUGGAGGAGGUUCUCCAUUCACUCCUGAAUUCCUAGUCCAGCAGCGCUGGAGACCUGGAGAGGAGUCUGGCUUCAGUGCCCAGAGUCCCUCUUCCUCUGCAGAUUCACACAGCCAGAUCAUGCAGUACAUUCGGAAGAUAGAGGCUGACCUUGAACACUUAAAGAAAGUGGAGGAAAGUUACAUGACUCUUUGCCAAAGGCUGGCUGGAUCAGCCCUCACAGAGGAGCACUCAGAUAAAAGUUAAAGCAACAGCUCUUAUUGGUGGCUGGAGGUUGGAUUCUGAGCUUCAGCCUUGCAUCACCACAUCCUGGCUCCAAGGUGGACUGGGAGGGAGUGUGUGACAGAGGAUCUUCCUGUGGACCAUCUGAGUGCUAGCCAUGUCCCAGUAUGCUCAAAAUGGGAAUCAUUUUUUCCCAGUAUGGCAGCUGCACUUGUCUGUCAGUGAGGGAAUGUCCAUUCUCUCAUCUUUUCCCCCUCACUAUCGGAAAUUCAUUUUGAUUUCAGAACAAAAACCAAAUGUACAGAGCUUUGGGUGUAGGAUAUAAAAAAUGUAUUUAGACAUUUUAAAAAAAAGGAAAAAGAAUCAGAUGUAUUUAUUUGACUUCAUUCUGCAUUUUGAAAGCACAUUUUAAUUUUAAUUUUGCUUUUACUGUUUUGUUUUAAUUGCAUAGCAAGAAUUUUAGCCCUUUUAAUUUAGUACACCCAAGGAUCAGCUACUCCUGAAAUCACAGUUCAAGCCUGGGGGUUAGGGUGUUUUGGGAGGAGCUAGAGGGAACUAGGGUGUUUGGGUUUCACUGGACUGAAUUUUAAUACUCCCUACUAGCCCCUAGACUGCUUUUUUGAAGGGCUACUUCCCUAUAGUUUUCAUGUACAGAAUGACCUAGACUAUAUUUAAGAGGGGUCAAAUAGAAGAUGAGUGUCUUAACCUGUGGGACAGGCAUCCAUCUUCUAUAGCUAAGGUCACCUCCCAUGUCACAAAAAUUCUUAAUGCACUAAAUAGCCAGGCACUUGAAAAUUGAUUUAUUUCCUUUCCUACUCCCCUCCUAUACCCCCUAAACCCAUUCUUUUUUUCUUCUCUCCCAUUGAAUCAUGGAAUCUGAGAGGGAAAAGAGAAGCCAAGUUUUAUUUUCUUGACUGUAAAAUAGUCUAGAUAUUGUUUAAUUUUUACAGUUAUAUGUAGGGCUUUGGCACUUGUAUGAAUUAUCCCUGCAGUUUGAGCAGAGAAAAAAAAAGUAGAAAUGCUUCAGAGGGAAAUGGUGGGUUGGGAGAAGGGGGAUGGGGAAUGGGAAUAAAAAAUAGGGUAGAGAGAUUGAAAAAGGGUAUUUGUCAAACUGAAUCACUACUGAGCUGAACCAUGGCUUCAUUAGCUAUGGGUACUGCUGAUUAUAGGGCCAGUAAGUUUUUAGUACCUGGAGGUUUGACUAUGAUUUUUGCACUGAUUGUGCCAAAAUGCUCUCUACUUGUAUUGCAAAGAGAGUCAAGGCUGGAAUGGGGAAAAAAUGCAAUGGAGAAGACAGGACUGCCCACACCAACUCUGUAAGCACUUCCUUUGGCUUUACUGCUGUAGCCCUUUCCAUCCAGGGAAAAAGAGUGACCUUGCAAUUUGAAACUGCAGAUCAAUACCAGAACAUACACUGAACCCUCCAGGCUAGUUCUGCCUGCACUAGGGUUAGUAGCAGAAUUAGCAGGACCCUACAGAGAAUAGGGGUUUCAGAACUUUCACUUGAAAACAUCUUCAGUCACAGACUUGGAACAUAUUCUUUGUGUAUCAGGUAAACAAGCUUUGGAGGUUUUUUGUUUUUGUUUUUUACUUCUUUUCUUUUUAUUAUUUGUUUGUUUUUGCCAAGUAAAACCAUGUGCCAAAUCUGCAUCCUAUUCUUAUACAAAGCAUUCAUUUCGUCACAUCUUCCAGUAGUGUUCUCUACUUUCUGUGAAUGGUCAGUGUAUGAUUUUUUUAUUCCCUUCCUAGCUGUCACAAAAAGAUAUCAGAUUUGUUUCAUCAUAAGUGGUAAGAAUUCCCAGCUGCUUUUCAAAUAUCAUGAAGCUACAACUUAAACAGCUCAUCUGACUGCAUUAAGUUCCAUGCCUCCGUUUUGUCACCUGAACUAUGCUUUUUGGAUAUGGCCACAAUCACUCAUCUGGGGAUAUGCCUAUAGACUGGAACUGCAUCUAGAUUAUUAAAAACAUGUAAUUUAAAGUAGAAUAGGGUAAAGAGCUUUAAAAGCAGAACCCUAGUACACAGAAAACCAGCCUGGAGCUUUUCCAAAUCUACUAGGAGGAGGCUAUAGAGCCUACGUGCUGCUGGCAAGAAUGCUUCAGUCAUUGCCAACCCAAAGGUUAUCUGUAUACAGGUAUCCAUCCAUACACCAGCACCAGCUUGUCUGCAUUAAAGGAGAUGCUGUUAAGUGGGUAUUUGAGAAGUGUCCACUACAGUUUUUUUUGGGGAUAAGAGAAGUAUAACACGACUAUAAAUUUUACUCCAAACACCUACUGAGUAAUCAUUUACCAGUACAUAACUCUUUCAGGAGGUAGGAGAAGUGCAAUGUUUUAAAUUCUAUCAUAGUUAAUUCACUAAACAGUCUUGAACAAGUUAGUUAUUUUGUCCUUCCUUUAGCCUAUUACUCUGCACAAUGGAGAUAGCUGGGGUGGGGUGGGGGGUGGAGGGGACAAGGAGCUCACAAAUGUAAUUCAGGUGUUACAAAAAGUUAUUUGGUAUCUCUGAAAGUAUAGUCCAGGAGAGAUCCCAAAACUUCAACUGCUCUUUCCAUCUUAAGAGCUGCCAGUUGAGGGAGAAAGUUUCCCUUUAAAUCAUUAUAUCUACAUCCUUCUGUUAUUUUCACAUCCUAUCUGCCCUUCCACUUGAAAGGAUUAGGGAAUCACUUUAAGCCAAACUGAUCACUAGAAAGCCUUUUCCUAGGGAGAGAGAAAGAGAAGAUGGGAUCCUAUUUUCCCAGAAGGACACAAAAGUGGAAUAAGUAGUCUAUGGAAAACCAAUGAAUUUUGGGGGGGAUGCUGAAGGGACUAAAUAAAUUGUGUUCUGUCCUAUUGUUUUAAUGGCCUCCUUGACUGUUAAAUGGUGAAAUACAUUUAAAACAUCUCAUUCCCUUUCAGAGAACAGAGAGUUAGUCAAGUUAUAUUGACAAUCCCAAAGCCCCAUGAUUUAAAACUGAGUUUCCUGCCCUAGAAGCCAUAUACUUUGUGUACUCUAAAAUCAGUAUAUAUUCAGGACAAAUUUGAAUUGAAAUUAACUUCCAGAUUUCCCUUCUGAAUCUUGGCUCUUGAGAGCUAAAGAUCACAUUGAUUGUAGAAUUGUACACAGGAUCUUUUUUCAAACAUUUUGCUUUGUUUCCCUAAUAGAAUUAGUUCCUGUUUUUGUAAUUUAAAAAAAAAAAAAUUAUUGCUUUGUUUUAAAGAUAAUACAGAAGAAAACAGGUAUUACUUUAAAAAAAAAAUUAAUUCCCAAGCAAUUUGCAAACAACAGUGCUUUCCCUGCUGCUUUCCAUUGCCUAUUUUCUUUGCUUUUUGGUGGUGGUAGAUUAAACAGAUUGUAUGGAGACUGAAAGGGGACUGAUUUCAAACUGGGAUCUAUAUACCCUAAAAUUCAGUGUUAAUUUGGACUAUUAAACUCAUAACCUCAGAUAUCCUAUUUUCAAAAAAUAUAUACAAAAUUCAAAAAGACAUAUUAAUGAAGAACUUAAAAGUUUGUGCUUGUGCUUUCCACCUUCAGCAUUGUUACUUUUUUUUGUAAAUGUUCUUUCCCACCCUCAAUACCCUUCUAAUAAUGCCCUCCCCUUCCAUAAGUGUGUUCCUUUUCCCAAAGAAUUUACUUAUUCUAAUAACCUAUCUCCCUCCACUGGUGGUGGUUUUGUUAAAGAUUUGCUGAAGGAGUAUAGUUUCUACCCCACCCCACUCCCCAAAAUUAAAUAAAAGGAAACAAACACCCUCUAUUUCCGUGUGCAAACUGACAAGGAGGUGUACUGUAAAAAUGAUCACUAUAAUGUGCAAACGGUUGGUUAUUAUUUUUAAUCUUUGAAUCUCUUCAUAUUAGAACAUCUUAUUUUCUUUGUACACCAUACAAUCAUGUACUCUUUUAACAGAGAUUACUUUAAAAAAAAUCUGGAAGUAUUCUUUAAAGAAAACUUUAUUAAUAAUCCUGUAUUUUUACUGAUCAUGUUUUGAAAUGUCUGAAAGACUUUAUUGUUCUAAUUAUCCAGAUGUAUGUUUGUAAAAUAGCUCUUUUAUGAACUAGAUGAUAAGGUUGUAUGUUUCUGGAACAAAAUAUUGGUCAUCUAAAAAGAACUUUGUUUUCUGGGAUCUGGGAAAAUAGAAAAUGAGCAUUCAAAUAUCAUUAAAUAAGUUUAAAGGAAUCAUUUUUGGUUUGUUUGUGUGUUGUUAGAUUAUUUCAAGUUGCCUGUUCUGUAGGGGAGAGUGGUGAAGCAAGGCAAGCAUUAGUUAAUCUUAGUAGAAAUGACUUUUAGAAAUGUUGCUUAUCAAGGCCACUUUCCUGGCCAAUUACAAUUCAGUAAUGUGAAAACUUUAAUAAAUAUUGUUCUACCUGGUGCUCAUGGGCUCCAAACAUUUGGAGAGAGUUCUAUAGGGCUCACACAGAAAACUUUUUACUUAAUUAUUGCCUUAAACUGAAAACUUUUCAUGUUUUUAGGGUAAAUUCUGUUACUAAGUGUUGAGGCUUCCUAAAGUGCCAACAUCUCUCUGCUCCUACGGAUGCCAAUUUACCUCAGUGGAGCCUCAACAGCUCUGGGAUUUUUUUAUUUUUCUCUUAAUGGAAAUGAGAGGUUACAUGAUUUGUAUAAAUGAGCACAGUCCUGUAUCUUUUGAUUUUGCAGUGUACUGAUUUUCAGUCAUCUAGAGGUAAACAUAACUAUUGAUACACGUUAAAAGUUCUAACAUGAGAAGAAUAUACUUGGUAUUUUGUGGCACAAAUUACUUAAGAAUAUCCAAAAGUACUUUUGUCCUUUCCUUAGUCCUUUCAAGCCUGUUACCUUUUGUAUAAGUAAUAAGCAAUAUUACUUCCCUUUUGCUUCCAGAAAACAGCCUUCUGAGAAUGAAAAAAAAUUUUUCUCCAAAUUUAUAAACCACUUCUAAAUAUUUCAUUUGAGUCUUACUGUAAGUAGACCUAGGAGGGUAGAUACUAAAAAUAAUAUUAUGCUCAUUGUCCAGAUGAGGGAACUGAGGCCCAGAGAACCGAUCCAGAUCCAAGGCUGUUGGCAGUAUACCACCUUGAAUCUUGCUCUCAUCUUCUCUGAGACCAAGUAUUGGUAUCUUGCAAGCCUUUUUUUUUUUUUUUCCAAUAAGUAAUCAAUUUAGAAAAUUAAGAGGUUAUCUCUUUUCUGCUGUAGCAUUUAGAUUUUACUUGUUCAUAGUACCCGAAUAAUAUGAUGGAUCCCAGCUACAAAUAAAUAAUCAUCAAUUAAGCACUACUAUGUGCCAUAUACUGUGCUAAGUGAUAAGGAUACAAAAGCAAAAAUGAAAAGUCUCUUCCUUUAAGGAGCUUAUGUUCUAUCAGGGAGACCACAUGUAUUCUGUGAAUAUAUACAAAAUAAACACAUGAUAAUUAGGAGUAGGGGGUGUUACUCCUAUGGUUUUUGCCAUCUGCCUUAAAUGGCAGCUGGCAGUAAUAAUGGGUCCAUGCAUUUCAUCAAUGACCUCAUUUUCAAGGUGAAGAUAAAGUAUCCUGUAAUUCCCUUUUCUCUACCUAAACAAACUCAAGUAUCUAAAACCUACCAUUUCUUUAAGGUAUCCUAUAUCUUUCCACCUUUUCUCCAACUUCCUAUAAAAGCUGUCUACAUUUCACUUCCUCUUCUUCUAAAUCCUCUAUAAUCUGGCUUCCAACCUUAUCAUUCGUUUGAAACUUCUCUCCAAAAUUAGCUAUGAUCUUUUAUUGACAAAUCUACUGGCCUUUGCUCAUUCCUCAGCCCCCAUCUGUCUACAACAUUUGACAUUUUAAAACACUCUCCUAUAUUUUUUGUUAGGUUUCUCUUGCUUUUCCUAUUUGUCCGAGUGCUACUAAUUCUUUUCUUGAGAUUCCAUGUCACAACCCCUGACUGAGUAUAAGCCAAACCUCUGUUGUGAUAUGGCAGAGCAUUAUACUUGAAAAUCUAUAAUGAAUGGAGAUUUUACUGAGGCCUCCUGAGGAAGGCCCAUCUCAUUUUCUGAAUAGUUCUACCCAAUCAUUAACAUGUAAUAGGGGAGGAAGAUAUGAAUGUAUGUCUUGAACCUUGUAUCCAGUAGCAAAAAGUUGGAGAUUUAAAUGGAGAGGGUUGGAAGAAGUGGGGAGAGGAGGGAGGGAGGCCAGGGCGAGUUUGGAAUAUGAGGUUUCUUCCUUUCUGGUACUAAAGUAGUCUGCAUUUUUAGAGAGAUUCUUCAGCUCUUAACUACUAUUUCUAUCUGGUUUCUAACCUCUAUUCUCUGUAUUUCAAAGAAAUCACCCACCAGAAUUUAGAGAAAGGAAAAAAAAAAAAAAACAACUCUUUCCAUUGAUUUACUAAAACUUCAGUUUUUAAAGG